CUUACUCAUUGCAAUCUAACUGUAUUAAAUUGAUUUUGGGAUUACCAUCAGCGUAUAUUUUGGAAUUUUGAUUAUAAAUAGCAAGAUCUUAAAUCACACAACUCUUUCUUCAGUAUAGUAAAUAAGGAGGCAAACACUUAUCAAACUUUCAUAGACUACAUACUUGAUAUUAACAUUGGAACACGAGGAGGUGGAAGUACUCUAUAUCAGUGGGAUUAUUUGGAUGCUGAGGCUGUGAGUGUGGAUAUUUCUAGAUUACUCAGUGCGAUACGAUGUUGCUUCCAUUGUAUUUCGCAAGGCAAAGAGGCAGCUCAAAUUCACAGAAUUUACAAUAAAAUUCACUUGUUGGCACAAUACACAUACAAAAUUAGUGAUACGUUCCAAAUCGCACUGAGCGCACUGUUGAGUUUUGAAUUCCAACACUGAGGGAAGGCAUUCACGCAACAAGGAAGUCAGAGCCGUGGUCAUCGCAGUCCGGUGGAGUGACUUCAGUCUUUUCCCGGGUGUUCAUCAUCUCGCCAACAAGUGCAGAUCUACUCUGCAAUGAACUGUAAAUUUCGGUAGAAAGCUGCAACAUCGCCUGUUGCAAUGCUGACCCAAUGACAACAUACCAUCGAGGUCAGAUGGGUCAACAGUUGAAUGUGAGAUUCAACUUGGAAGAAAUUCUUUAUUGAGUCAACAAUAGAUUUUCUUCGUUGGUCAAUUGUGUUCUUAGCACAAUCCACGGAUUCAUAAAAUCUACCUACUUCAUUAAAUAAAUUCCUGAUCGGGAUGAAAUUAGUGUGGCUACAACAAAGUGAUAGUCCCUUAGUGUAUAUAGUAAAAAUGUGUGAUGGUCAAUUCUAAUUUUUAGUCAAUUCAUUUUAAAACAUGAAAUUAUUUUCAUAACAGCAAGAGAAUUAAGACCAAUCAUUCUAUUUACUUAGUUAGAAGAUCUUAUUUUAUUGCUUCUCUUUUAAUUAGACUGAUUGUUAAGGAUCCUUUGCAGUAUUAAAAUUGGCAAUGUUAUAAUGUAAUAGAAAAUCUUUGUCACUGUGGUCAAAAAUUCUCAUUUAAGUGAGUGACUUUAGUAGCAGUAAAGUAAUAUAAUUAAAACAAUCGUAAAAAUUUGAAUACCAUCGCCAAUAGAGUGCAAGUGCGCGUGAACAUGUGGCGGAGUGAGGUGUAGUGUGAGCUCCCGGUGACGGGAGGGGGCCCUGUGCCCAGGAUCCCAUCAGAUAUGCCAAGAGCAUGGCCGGCCCGCAGGCACAGCAAACGAGUGCGUCACGGGCGGCACAACCGUUGCUCAAUCAAACCAAUCGGGUGGAUCACAGGAGGGAGGCGUUGGAGUUGGUCACCUGCGACGACAUACGUCGGCGUCACAUUGAGAUUGCUGUGGAGGAGGACACAGCCGACGAAGACUCUAGGCACAUCCGUCUCAAACACAAACCAUUCUACCGGCGCCUCUUCAGCUACAUUAAAAACGCCUGGACGGGAGUCACAUUCUCCUCAGGAAAUGAUUCUGAACUAGAGGAAUUGGAAACACCACCACGAUAUCGUCCAGAUUCACUAAGUGCCCUAUGCAGAGCAACACGUUUUUCCGAAGCUGAAAUUAAACGAAUUUAUCGUGGUUUCAAGGCUGAAUGUCCAACUGGAGUAGUUCGGGAAGACACAUUUAAAGUCUUCUAUUCACAAUUCUUCCCUCAGGCAGGUUUGUACGCAAAUAGCGGACAGUAUGCGCAUUAUGUUUUCAAUACGUUGGACCAAGACCGAAGUGGAAUAGUUAGUUUCGAGGAAUUUGUGCAGGGAUUGUCAAUACUAUCACGAGGAUCCCUCGAGGAAAAGUUGCGGUGGACAUUUUCUUUGUACGACAUAAAUGGGGAUGGAUUUAUAACCAGAGAGGAAAUGACUGAUAUAGCGACUGCCAUUUACGAUCUUGUUGGUCAUUUACCAAUCGAUCCCACAGCAACAUCAGAAGAGGAUAGAAUUAGGGAGAAGGUAGACCGAAUAUUUCAGAAAAUGGACGUAAAUGGUGAUGGUGUUGUGACACUGGAGGAGUUUUUGGAUUGUUGUCUAAACGACGAAGCUAUCUCACGUUCAAUGGCCGUCUUCGACGGAUCCUUCUGACCCGAAGCCAGCCCAUCAGCAGGCGAUGGAGCUGCGGCCUCGGCAUCAGCAUCGUGUCUCACUAACACGGUGCGAAAAUCGCCUGCACAAUCCAGCACCUGUAAUUCAGUUCACUUCCUGGAUCCUCCACGGCCUCCGCGACGUCACACUGUAUCCUGCUCGACACAACAACCACAUCUGAUUCAGCCACGGCGCGCCCAAACGCCGCAGCAUCAGCUUUUGGCACCUCAGCGACUUCAGGCAUCGGAUACUCCGUCCCUCGUACGAGUCAAGGCAUGGUAUACAGUUGAAAAACAGGGAGUAUCGCAAUAUUCCUCUACAAGUGCUGGAAUUUGCCAUUAACUAAAUCAAUAGCUAUCUCUUUGGAAGUGAAUUUAUAGAAAAUGGCAAUUAUUUGUAGCUAAUGGAUGUGGACACUCUUGACGUAAGGGUUUACUAGUCCCAUUUCAGGCCAUUUGGUGAAAUUUUGAAAUUAGGAUAAAUAGUUACAAAAAUUACUUCAGAAUUUCCAGGUUAUUGUCAAAUGAUAAGUCAUAAAUAACUGCCUACCCUCUCUCAAGCCCAUUUUCUUCUACAAAAGCAUUUUCCUCCCAUUUUUAGAAAAACAUUUUUCAUAUUCAGGUUUUUUUUUUUAAUUUUCUUUAAAUCCUGUUAUAUUAUAUAACGAUGGAUUUUAUCUAUCAUAUUUUUCUAAAUGUUUUAUAAUGAGUUUUCAAAUCGAACUUUGAAACCUUUUUUUUCUAUUCUUUGACAAAGAUUAAAAUUCUAUUUAUAGAACAUCUUUAGUGUUUCUAUUCAAUCGGUAAAAAAUUAAAACAAAUUUGUAAAGUA